AUGCAGCCGGUAGCUCAUUAUUUCGGUGAGGACAAAUCAAUGCGCACCCUGCCAGGACGUGAAGUAGACUGGAUUAAUGCCAAGAAUCAACCUCCUCCGGCUAUACCAGAGUGUGGAUUUGAUGGUUCCGCAUGUCAUAAUCGACAGGUUAUUCUGGUCAGUGCUGUGGGUGCAGUGAUAUUCGGUGUAUUCGUGACUCUGGCCGUGGUCUUGGGUAUCGUGUUCUACCGAAAAGCGGAACUGCAGGCCAUGAACUGGAUCAUCGAUUGGUCUGACUUGAAAUUCCCAGAUAAAGCAGAUCAUUAUGCUUUGCUGGAAGAGGAUUCCCAGUCAGGAAGCGGUGACCAUUCACGCGCCAACGGAGGUGAUCAGCCACCCGAUGGAACCACCGAUCAACCACCGGAUAAGAAGUCACCAACGACGAUACAGUCAAAUGAGGGACAGUUUUUCACUAGUAGUGAUGUCUCUUCGCCAAAACAGCGACGUAGAUCAUAUUUGAAUAAAAGCAGUGUAAGCAGUGGGGGUAUCAUGGGUGGCAGUGGUGGUGGUGGUGGUAUUGGUGGCGGGAACGGCGGUGGAACUGGUGGAACAAAUCCAGAUCGACGUAAAGGAGCAUUAAAAUUUGCCCAGGAAGCCACCACAUUUCCAACACAACUAGUUGAGGAACCUUCCGCCGACACAACCGAGGAGAGUGCGCAACUCAGUGCAGUGAAACGGUUCCAACAGCGUUGGGCUCGAAGAAGUCGUGUGGGUGAGGACUCUGCAUACGUAAGCGGUCCCUAUGUGGUCACUUCUAGGACUGGAUCCAAAGUACCGACAGAACAAAUUUAUUUGAAAAGUCCAUCGUUCGACUAUUCCUCAGUUACCUCAAGACACAGAAAUUUUGGUUCUCGUAAACGACACGAAGGCACUGGGACAGAGGUAAUUCGUGCUUCCUUAUGUUGUUUUUGUUUCUCCAUUAUUGUUAUUGUCGUUACUAUUUUGGUCCGAGAUUGUUCCUCACGCUCUGGCACACUGACGUCUAAUUGUCUACCUUCGUUUUCCCUCCCACACUCAUGA